CCCUUCCAGUUGCAAGUGUCCGUUUCUCAUUGUGUCUCAUUCAACAAAUUGUUUCCACAUUAAUUUGGAGCUAGAUAAGCACGUUGAUCCCGUAAUGGUGUAGCCGUUAUGUCCAUAGCAAUAAUUGUCAGAAGUCUAUACAAUAUAAUGAACAAUAUGCAGUACCUCCACACGUGACUAAAAUGACAGCAAUGAUGUGCAGUUUGGAAGGUGAUUAUGAUUGAAUACAGGACGUUUUUAAGCUGACCAGAAAGUUCAUGUUGCAGCAUGAUUCAAAUGAUUGGUGAAUAUUACCAAUUAAAAGCUGAAGUAUGUCGACAAAUAAUUUAUACAUCAAAAUGAAAAGCGAUAUCAUCAGGACUAUCUCGUCGAUGGUGGGCAGAUCCUAUGGUCCAGAUUGUCAGCAGACCCUUCUGUGCACAUCAACAGGCAUGGUCCUGGUUACGUCAGAUGGGAUGUGCAUACUUCAAGGUCUUCAUCUGGGCCACCCAAUUGCUACAGUGGUAGUGAAAGCCAUACAGAAACACCACCUCAUGACUCACGACGGCACCAAGACAUUCACCCUGUAUCUGUCACAAGCGUUAACAGGCUUGGAUAAAACUCUUGCCUGCUCUCCGUCUACAGAUAACAUUGGGUCGUCACUUGAUCAGCUCAGUUAUGUGACUGCACGGCAGCUGACAAGAAUUGAACAUGAUGUUUUACCAAAAAUUUGGAGAGAAUUAUCCCAGAAUUCUGUUGUUGUGAAUGCUGGAGGUAAAUUGCCACUGAUCAAUUUAAGAUCAGUCAUAAACACAUGCUUGGAAAGCCAUUUGUCUAAACAUACAAGACAUGUUUUCGUAGGGUUAGUUGUAAGCUCUUUGGGAGUAAGUGAAUCUGAUAUAUUGACAGACAUUCCAGUUGGUGUUUUAAAAAGAAGAGUAACAUUUAUGAUUGAUAACUUUGAUCUCCUCCAUUUUAAACUUUCCAAACAACUGUGUGAAACUUCAUCAGUUCUGCCAGGAUUUCUGCUCAGGCAAGAUUUUUCAGUGAAACACCCCCAGCUUGGUGAGAAAGGAGACAUCAAGUUUCUCAUGUUGUUUUGCUCUGUGGAAGGAAAUCCACAUGAAAACCCAGAUGAAGUUGUUCAUCUGAAGGAUGAGGAAACGGCUUACACUGCCCUGUCUCACAGAGUAACCAUGACAACCAAAUACUUGACUGGUCUCAAACAGAAGGAUGUAUCUUUGAUACUGUGUUCAGAGACUGUCCCUCAGUUUGCAAGGUCUUUAUGUAGGGAUUUGGGUAUCAGUGUCAUCAGCUGUGUCGAGCAGGAGGAUAUUCACUUCAUUGAAAGGAUCACUGGACUGCAGGCUGCCACGAGCAUCUCUAGUCCAGUUGACAGUAAUCAGACUGGUCAGCUGUCUCAUUGUGACAGGAUUGUGUUAGGAAGUCAACGUUUAGUUCAUCUGCAGUUUUCAAAGACAAUGAGAUUCAUACUGCCAAGAACAAUUGUCAUAGCCGCACCAACAGAUGGACUGGUUGAUCAGCUCAGGACUGCUGUGUACAAGUCAUACAAGUCUGUUGAAAUGUGCUUUGCCUUUCAAAUGACUCCCAAUAGAGAUGAUUUCCAUGGUGAGAUUAGUUGUCAAGAAAGGACCAAAGGUCUCACCACACCUUCAGACAGUGGUGAGUUCUGUGUUAUUGGAGGAGGUGGGUUCUUUGAGAUGAGGGUGGCAUGCAUGUUGAAGAAUCUGUCCAACAAUUUCACUGAUGGCAAGACCGGCCAUGGGAGUCGGGUCCUACAUGACAGCCUGCUCUCUGUACCUAGACACCUUCACAAGCAUUUAUCCCCGAAUCUAGGUACCGAAGGUAAGGACUACCUGGAGAAGAUGCAGCAGUUUCUGGCAACAGUGGCAGAGGGAGGGGUUGCUGGGCUGGAUAGAAAGGGGAGGAUCUGUAGUCCUGUAGAUGCUGGAAUACUGGAACCACUUGCCUCCAAAGUUUUGACCUUGACCUCUGUGGUGCAGCUCCUGCAGCAGCUGCUGAGGAUCGAUGAUAUUGUUAGUGUCCAGAAACUAGAAGCACUUGAGAUGCAUUCUGAUGAUGACAUGUAGACUUGACACAUUGCUUGGAGAAUACGGACUCAUCUAUGUCUGGAGUCCAAGAAACAGUGAAUAUAAGUGUAUGAACCAUUUAGAUCAUUGGUUUUUCAGCACCAUAAGCAGGUGCUCAUGGUUUCACCAAAUGAUAAAUGUUUAAGACAUACAUGAAAUGUGGCAUAACUUAAAUAUUCUCCAAAGUGGUGUGUUAUAUACAUCUUAUUCACUUAUUCGAAUCCCGGUUCACCCUUAUUAUGUUUCUAGGUUUGUCCGCACCAUACCCGUCGUGGGUUUCACAGAAAGGGUAAACGUCUGAGACCUGCAUCACUUUGGGCUUUCCUCCCACAUUAAGCUGACAUGCCGCGAUAUAACUUUUAUACUGUUAAAAGCGGGUUAAACCCAACUCAUUCACUCAAUCUAUCCUUAACUUCAUACAACAAUAUGGUGUUGCCUUUCAACAAUUCUGCCAGCCAUAGAGUUCACAAUAAUUUGCACCAAACAUAUUCACAAAGAGCAGGCCAUUUGACACUUCAUACAACGGGCAGGCUAAUAAAUGCAAUAUCUAUUAGAUAAAGUCAAAUAAAAAUAUUUUAUUUAAAAGUCAUUGCAAAUUUGAUCUUUCAACCCAAGACACAGCAUUGAAAAACAAUUUAAAAAGAACGUCUUGUUGUAAUAAGUACAGGAAUUGUAACAUUGCUGAUAUUUCUGGCCAAUAUUCCCAAUUUUUAUGGCUAGCACACAUGCAACCAGUCAACAUUGUUUGAGUGGCAUUCCAUGAUAUUGGUGUAACGUUGCCAAAAAGCACUGUAAUACCCAACCCAACUCACCCACUCACUGUCCGAGGGCAGAUCCCCAUAGUUUGGCUAAAGAAACCUGCUGAUAUUAGGCUAUUAUAUGAUGAGGUGGGUAAAAGAGUAAUGCAAGUUAAAAUACAGCAUAUGAUACAUUAAUUUAUUUGUAAUGUUGUUUAUUUGUUAACAAAAUGUAAGAAAUGCUUUCAGGUAUAUCAAACAAAGACCAAAAAAAUAUAUAUUGUUUUUAAUUGAGGAGCCCAAAGAACAGAUUCAUGUUCAGAAAUUUUGCACAGUGCGGUCUAUUCAAAGGGAGAUCACUCUUGGUGGUUUGUAAGACUGGACCUCCGUAACCAUUCUCACCACUCGCAUCUUCCCGUAACCUUCAACAUGAAUGGCACGAGUUGGUCAUUAAUGAUAACGGAUAAGUUAGGGCAGGGUGAUAUUGCCUUUCUUCCGGGUUAUUCUUUUCCUGGGUGGAAAACUGCUCCCUUUGAUACGUUUUCCUUACAAAUAAGAUAGCAACUAUCUCAGGAGAUUUCCCUUAAAGCCAUAUGCAGGAAACAUUCGUCUGGUCCAGGAUGAAUAACCUCAUUGUUAAUAUGACAGAUUAAUUUGUUUCAAAAUACUUUCGACCCUUGCUUCGACUCAAUACCUGUUGUCUAUGGGAAUCCGGGAUAGGAGAACUUGCUUGUCUUAAGGGCCGACACAAUGAGGAUCGGAUGGUCACAAUGCAUGUACUAGCUGUUGGGGAUGUCAGGGUGAGGUGAAAUAGGGUUUUACGUCGCGUGUGUGUGUCGAUUUUAUAGUGCUAGCCCACCGAGAGUUUAACAUGCCGCAGUUUAACAUGAAUACUCCAAUUAAGACACAGUAUACCGACUCCGAGCCGACUGGUCCUUGUUUUAGCCGCUUAAAGCCGAGCGCCAGACAGGGUAACAACAAGUACCAUCUUUUAACGUCUUUUGGUAUGACGCGACCUAGGAUCGACCCCCCGAUCCUCCGCUCUCCGGGCAGACGCCCUACCACUAGACCACGGAGGCGGGAUGUCAAACUCACACAUCAAAGUGGGAGACGUCUGAGAACUGCAUGCAUUACUUUUGACACUUUGGCUAUUUCCCACACGUAUCCUGUAUGCAUCCACGCCAUGUUGAACCUCGUGGGGAUUCCGGGUUAGAAGAGGUCCCAAGCAAUGUUAAGUGGUAAUACUACAUUCUGCUCUGCCAUCCGAACACGCUAUUUACCAGUGGGUGUGGGGUUCUGGAAGUCCUACCAUUAUAGGUGAGGUGAAAUGGGGUUUAACGUCGCGUCCAAGAUUAUUGCACUUACAUAGCGACGUGCAUGUACGUGUGUUUGUUUGUGUGGCUGCUUGUACUAGUCCGGACUGAUGCCGA